GUAAUUUUUAGUCUUUACCUAAAACAAAGUCAUUGAGAAACAUGGCCGCGUCCACGGGUGUUGGAAAUGCUGCUGUCCCAGAUUCAAAAGAUCCAGCUUCGGACAGCCCAACGAUUCAGUACAGUAUGGUUCUCGACCAUCUUAUCGGAGAGAAGAGGCCCGUGAAGGACCUGAACCCGGCCGUAAUGGGCGGACUGCCGGUGCCUGCUAAAAGCGAGGAGCAGAAGAUGAUCGAAAGGGGCAUGGAGAGCUGCGCCUUCAAGUCGGCUCUGGCUUGCGUGGGGGGGUUUGUGCUGGGAGGAGCGUUUGGUGUUUUCACAGCUGGCAUUGACACCAACGUUGGCUUUGACCCCAAAGACCCUCUAAGAACUCCAACAGCACGGGAAGUCCUCAAAGACAUGGGACAGAGGGGGAUGUCCUACGCCAAGAAUUUCGCCAUUGUGGGCGCCAUGUUCUCCUGUACAGAGUGCAUCAUCGAAUCACACAGAGGUGUAUCUGACUGGAAGAAUGCAGUGUACAGCGGUUGUGUAACUGGAGGAGCCAUUGGAUUUCGUGCUGGCCUGAAGGCUGGAGUCCUGGGAUGUGGAGGCUUUGCUGCAUUUUCUGCUGCCAUUGAAUAUUAUUUGCGAUGAACCACUGGUUUGUGACUCUUACAAGAACUUGAUAGCAGAAAUAGUCUGAAGUAGUAUAUGGGACGUCCAAAAUUGUGAAUCUACCCCCCCAUACAUGGAGGAUUGCUGCAAACCUUCAUGUGGAGAAUCACGAAACAAAGCAGCAUAAGUCUGCUUCAGUGUCACAGCGACUCUGGUUCACUACCACCUCAAAUCAGUUUUGUUCACUUCUGAACAUUGGUGUGAUUUGCCAAUAAAGAAUCUAAUUUAUAUUAAACAGUUUUCAUUAACUGUUAGGAACUAUUUCUUAAACCAUUCAUUGCGGCAACAUUGUUGAUUGCUACAUGCACCCAAGUACAUGGUUGGGUGUAGUUUUAAUUUGUAAUAUAUUGUACUGUAUAUACAGUGUUUGUUUUGAUCUGUUUUUUUUUCAUUGUAUGUUAAGAUUUAUAAUAAACAAGUGACAGUGUAAAAAGUGUUUUGGGCAGAUAUUGUCAGCCUAAAAGUGAGUCAAACCCAGGUAAAUAAUUCCUUUAAUACAUGCAAAUGAAAAACCUCAGACUAUUAGAAAUUGCUCAGUUGUUAAAGGCUUUGCCUAAAAACACUCUUCUCUGCUUAUUGGUUAUGCUCAUUAAAUCUCCAUUAACUGUU